AAUACUUCCAUUGAAAGUUGAAACACGUGUUUGGCAGUUGCCUGGCUACAGUGGUCCAAUGGUUGAAAUUAACCGACUAAAUUUCAAAUAGAUCAUGUAGUCGAUAAACCGGAUAAUUCAAUUGAGAUAAAAGUGUCGUACAAUGAGAGUUAUAAAGGCAAUACCAAGACUACCAGUUAUUUUUCACCCACGAGACUCUCUUUUAUCCUGCAAAGGAGAUAUUCCAGGUCUACCUGAAUUACGCUGUGGUAUUUCAUAACCAAUGGUAUUACAAUCAUUGGAAACAUGAGGAAACCUAUGAGCAGUUAUCUUUUGAAUAACUUAGAAGUCAGUUGAAUUCCACUGAGACGAAGAAAUUGUGCUGAAAACAUUAUUAAGUUAUUGACUACUCUGGAAUCAGUCGCGCUUACAUACAUGGAUACCUUAAGCGCACAGCCUGGUGAUGCUGGGAAUCAUCGUCCCCAUGGAAUUCUGGAGAAGUACUUCAGGUGGAUCACGUAUGUAUCUGUGGAACCCACCAUGUGGCUGUACAUGAUGGCUUAUAUGGUGACGUCGGUGAUUGAACAAGCAUUUUUUGUUCACAAGGCUUGUCGAGUCAACCAUGGCUUCUCGGAAGAAGCUUGCAAGAACAUUAGUGCCAACAAAACUGUCAAGGACAUAGUCCAGCUGACGGUAUCGGACUUUCACCAAUGGAACAAUAUCGCGGGACAUGUGAUGCCGAUAAUCUUGGCACUGUUCUUCGGAAAUUGGAGCGACAGGAGAGGCAGAAAAUUGCCACUGGUCAUUGGCCUGAUGGGGAAAGUCAUCUACUCAGGCAUGGUGGUGGUAAAUGCAUUGAUGCCAAAUUGGGAUGUAUUCAUGAUUAUUUACACUGCAAGCAUCCCGAUGGGAAUGUUGGGAGGAGAUGUCGCGAUAUUUGGAAGUUGUUUCGCUUACAUCUCCGAUGUAUCGUCCGUACAAAGAAGAACAUUCCGAGUUACUCUUUUAGAUAUUGUGUACCUGAGCACGAUGCCGACAGGAAUCGCCCUGGGAUCGUAUCUUUUUACGAGAGUCUUUGACGGCUCCUACGCUAUAAUGUUUACGAUCAAUACAUCCCUCUUGGUUCUUUCUGUUAUCUACUCUCUGAUUGUCUUGAAGUGGCAGACAAAUCCGCGACAACAGCCACUCAAUGGCGUCAAUCCCUUUACGGAUUUCUUCGAUGAAAAGCACGUGAUUGCCACAUUUAAAACACUAACCAACAGGCGGCCCAAGUUCGCGAGACUUCACCUUUGGAUUCUCUUUGUUGCGAUGGCCCUCUACACCUUCCAAAGAGAUGAAAAACCAAUGAGCUAUCUUUACACGCAGCGAUUCUUCAAUUGGGAUGUCAAAGAUUUCAGCAAUUUCAGGACAUUCCAGUCUUCUCUGUUUGUUGCUGCUAUGCUAGUCGGUGCUCCAACACUGAGCAGAGGACUGGGCUUGAAGGACACGUACAUAGUUAUCAUCGGUGCAUUGUCCCACGCUGGUGGUAGAAUUCUAUUCGCUUCGGCAUUAUCUCCCAACGUAUUCUACGCAGGUGCUGCUGUGGCCGCUUUAGGACCUGUCAUCGCACCCGUUCUACGAUCGAUGACCUCCAAAGUAGUGCCCGUUAAUGAAAGAGGAAAAGUUUUUGCGGUUCUCGCUGUCUGCGAUAAUGCAGUUCCACUGUUCAGUGGUGUUUUAUACUCCCAAUUGUACAAUGUGGCUUACAACUCAGUACCAAAUGCUAUUUAUUGGCUCACCUUUGCCACGCAAAUUUCUGUUAUGUUGUUGAUAAUUGUUAUCCAUAUUUCUCCUGGAGCUAGUGAACAAGAAAUUAAUGAGUCUGAGACUGGUAAUUGGGCUGUUAUAGACGGAACUUCUAGCAGAUCCAAUAGAGCCGUUGAUGGCGGCGGAAAUUCCUAGCAUUCCUUCAUACUUUACAUAUCAAAUGUCAACUUGAAGUAUUUUUUUAAUCAAUCUAGGAUAAAUCACAUAUUUUCGUCCUUUGCCUUUAUGUUAUUGUUACUGUUAAUGGAAUUAUUAUAUAUACUAUGCAUAAUUGUAGAAUCAGGGAACUCAACUGAAGAACUUCAGUGAGUUCUGUAGGAAUUGAUUAUUGAAUUGAAUUUCUAUUAAAUGAUUUCUAUUGAA